UAACCUUUGUUGUUUUUUCAUUUCAUUUCAUUUCAUUUCUUUCUCCUUCCUCUCCUCCUGAUCUCUCUUCUUUUUUUGCCCUAUCUGAUAGGGUUUUCAUGUCCUUCUAGCCUUCAUCUCUCUCAUGCAUUCAAGUCCUCCUCAAGUCUUAUACGUUGCCUUGUUAGCCUUCUUGCUCUUCGCUUCUCUCCUUUUUGCUCUCUUUGGAGGGUUUUUGGUUCUGGAAUCGAGCAGGUCUCACCUCCCGGGGUUUUUUCUGCUGCAAACAUGUCAAAGCUCUUUGGAUUCACUGGUGAUGAUGAUUUUUUCCCUGGAGGGUCAAUAUACCCAAACCACAAGGAGUCUAGCCUCUUUCUGUCUCUUGGCCAUAGCGUGGAUGUGUACUUCCCUUCAAGCAAGAGAUCGCGUGUCAGUGCACCAAUUGUUUUCCGUGGAUCUGAGCAGAAGAGAGCCUUUAUUGAAGUGCUGCCUGAUGAGUGUCUCUUUGAGGUCUUCAGACGCUUGCCUGGAGGCCAGGAGAGGAGUGCCUGUGCUUGUGUUUCCAAGCGAUGGCUUACACUUUUAAGUGGCAUGCGAAGAGAUGAAUUGGAUGUUGCUGCUGACAAAACCAAGGAGAAGAAUACCGGAAAAAAAAGUGAUGUGGCAUCUCAGGUUGAAGAUCUGGAUAUUGAGGGUGAUGGAUAUCUUUCCAGGAGCUUGGAAGGGAAGAAAGCAACUGAUGUUAGACUUGCUGCUAUUGCUGUUGGGACUGCCAGCCGUGGUGGAUUGGGCAAGCUUUUCGUCCGAGCAAGUAAUUCUGGUAGCAAGGUGACAGACCUUGGCCUCAGGGCAAUUUCCCGUGGCUGCCCUUCAUUAAAGGUUCUCUCUUUGUGGAAUUUGUCAUCUGUUGGUGACACUGGUCUGUCUGAGAUUGCUAAUGGAUGUCCGAUGCUAGAGAAACUUGACCUUUGCCAAUGCCCUGCGAUUACAGACAAGGGUUUGCUUGCAGUUGCAACAAAGUGCCCAAAUUUGAGUGAACUGACAAUUGAGUCCUGUUCAAACAUCGGGAAUGAAAGCCUGCGAGCCAUCGCCCGAUGCUGCCUGAGUCUUAAAUCCAUUUCAAUAAAAAAUUGUCCUUGUGUUGGAGAUGAAGGAAUUGCAGGCCUGUUAUCUCAAGGCACCUAUUCUCUGACAAAAGUUAAGCUCCAGAUGUUGAAUAUUACCGAUUUGUCCCUUGCAGUUGUUGGACAUUAUGGCAAGAUGGUUACUGAUCUUAUGCUCACUGGCCUCCCAAAUGUGAGCGAAAGGGGCUUCUGGGUCAUGGGUAAUGGCCAAGGACUGCAGAAGCUGAAGUCUCUGACUAUUACUUCUUGCAAUGGAGUAACAGACAUGGGACUUGAAGCUGUGGGAAAGGGUUCCCCAAAUCUAAAACAAUUCUGCCUUCGCAAAUGUGCAUUCUUGUCUGACAAUGGAUUGGUCUCUUUUGCCAAAGCUGCUGGGUCACUAGAGAGCCUGCAAUUGGAAGAGUGCCACAGAAUCACUCAAUUUGGACUUUUUGGUUCCCUUUUGAACUGUGGUGCAAAGCUGAAGGCCAUUUCUCUGGUGAAUUGCUUUGGUAUUAGAGAUCUAAGUUUGGAAAUGGCCCAGUUAUCUCCCUGCAAAUCCCUGCACACAUUGUGUGUUCGUAAUUGCCCUGGAUUUGGGGAUGCUAGCUUGAUUGCCUUGGGGAAGUUGUGUCCUCAGCUGCAACAUAUAGAAUUAUGUGGACUUAAUGGAGUAAGUGAUGCUGGGGUUCUGCCGCUUGUUAAGAGCUGUGAGCCUGGUCUAUUGAAGGUUAAUCUCAGUGGAUGUGUGAACGUGACUGACAAGGUAGUUUCAGCUCUGGCUCCUCAACACAGCUGGACUCUUGAGAUGCUCAAUCUUAGCGGUUGUAGAAACAUCACUGAUGCAAGCUUGGUUGCUAUUGCAAAGAACUGCCAAUUGCUCAGUGACCUUGAUGUCUCAAAGUGUGCAAUCACCGAUUUUGGGAUUGAGGCCUUGGCUUUAGCAAAGCAGCUCAAUCUGCAGAUCCUCUCCAUGGCAGGGUGCCCUAGAAUUUCGGACAGGAGCUUGCCUUCCCUUGCAAAAUUGGGUCUCACCCUUUUGGGACUAAAUAUCCAGCACUGCAAUGCAAUCAGCAGCAGCACAGUAGAUUUCCUCGUGGAGCAGCUAUGGAGAUGUGACAUCCUUUCCUGAAGUGGGGGAGGAAAGUGAUUUUAUAUGUCCCUUCCAGGUAUUGGCAUGGCACAUUCGAAGGAAGGGUCAUCUAAUCAAGAAGAAGCCUCAGAAUUUUAGUCAGGUUUUGUGAGUAGCUUGCAGUUUGUGUAGUUUUUGGGUCCAUCAGCUAUGGGUCUUCCGUAAUCCUUUACUCAGUGUCCUUUUCCAGGGAGACACAGCCAUUCUAUUACCUUUUUUUGCAGGUUUCCCACUAAUGGAAAUCUGUUAACUGAUAUUUUGACUCUCAACAUAGGGAGUUGCCUUUUCCAUGGUCGUGUUUCCCUGAGAAUAUAGUUACUGGGUUCUGGACUUUUAGGGUUUGUUUCCAUUUGUCAAAUGUCUUUUUGUGUUGCCAGGUGACGGGUGCCUGGUGUUUUAGCUUGAAGCCAUUCCAUGGCUUAAGCUUUUCCGGUCUAUCUAUUUCCAUGUGUCUUUUAUACUUGAGUCAGUUUUACAGUGAUCAUGUAUCCCCGCUGUUUUCCUCAAAAGGGCUAGGGUUCUACUUCUCUUGAGUAGCUUCUGUCAGUUUCAGAGUCUUGGUGCCUUGUUUUUCAUGGGUUUCGGCCGUGGCAGAGCUUAGUAUUCCUUCACAAGUCUGCCAUGACAACUCUGGUUCAUCAAAGAGUUGUUUUUUUUUUUCAACCAAACCCUAGUUUUUGCAAUGCGCCUUCUCUUCAUGAAAUUGUACUCUGCGUAACUCUUGAUGUACGAGAUAACCUUGUAAUGCAUCCUCUGAGGCCCAUGUACGCAUCGUCUUUUCGUGAAUCAUAAAUAAAAUGUCGGCUUUAUUGAGAUGACAGUAUACUUGAAGACAGUGUUAUUGUAAUAUUUUAAUCAAUACAAGAAGAUAUUACGAUAA